ACUAAUUGAAUCACGUUAAUUAUCUUUGCGAUAGUUGAUCACUUUAACCUGUUCUUCCAACAAAUUCUAUGCGAUGGAUACUUUACAUACCAGACAUAUGCGAACGAUGGAUGAGAUACGCGAAACCUUGGAGUUAGCUGUUAUCAAAGAGCCAAGUUUGCAAAAUGUGACACAGAUUUUGUAUUCCGCGACAGAAUAUAAUGCAGAAAAACGUACAAAGUUGUUAGAACUCGAUGAACACCUGUUGGAGACUAUAAAAAAUGGAAACAGUUUAACAUUUCAAGGUAACAAAGAGGAUUCUGUGGUAUUAUGUACUAAAAGUAAAACAUAUGAGGUCAAGGAGGCAGAAACGUCUAAUUCCUGCUUGUUAGUACCAAAUUUGAAUUUGUUUGAACAAACAAAGGCACAUACAAAUGAUCAAGUAAUGAAGAACUAUAACAUCUCAGGGGUUUUUCAUACAUAUUGCGAGGUAAAGGAAUGCAAACCUAAACUGGAAAAAUUGCUAAGCAUUCUUGAGCCGACAUCUUUCAAAGGAAUAGAGUAUGAGUCUUUAGUGUCUCAAGAAUUUUUGUAUAACUGGCGUAGAUUACGAAGUGAAAUACAAGCCAGUGAAGAUGAACUAAACCAAGCAUUAAGUGAUUAUUUAAUAAUCAAUAUGGAUGGUUAUUUUCGCUUGAUAUCAUUUGAAGCAGAGGUACGCAGUUUAACUUUAAUGUUAGAUCUCUUUGAUGAAAAUAAUUGGGAAUUAGAUGAGGUGGAUAAGGAAGCUACAUAUAACUCCUUGAAGGAAUUUAUUCCUAAGCCAGUUUUUGAUAUUUUGUUCACAAAGUAUACAGAAGAGACUGAUAAAUCAAAGCAAGGUGGAGCAUCUCUGUAUAGAUACAGCGAAGAAAUAUGCUGCAAAAGUUUAGCAAAGGUUCUUUUGGCUGCUUCACCGGUGACAGAGCAUAAACAGUUUAUGGAUUCUUGGCGUAUUGGCACUCCAGAAAAAAUGGAACCAAAAGAGGAAUAUUUGAGUGGCAUAGCUCUAGUGACAUGGAACAAUUCAACAUUGAAAAAAGAAGUAGUAUCUUUCCUAGAAACAGAUUUGCCAAAGACUAUCAAUGAGAGGUUCAAUGAACUUUUUAAAGCAAAAGACAAAUGGACAGUACAAGAAAUAACACCCUAUGUACUAAACUUGGCGACGAACAAAAUGAAUGUUAAUGCACUGCUCACUAAAUAUGCUAGAUGUUCGAUGGUGAACGGCGUUAAAUGUUACAGUUCGAAGCAUGGUAAAUAG